AUUAAACAUUAAGUCUGGAAGGAGGUGGAGUCUCCCGGGGAGUAGGCAAGGUCCAAGGGGAGCAGGAACUGCCAGCAAAUAUCUGUUAUAACAAGCAUUUGCCUUUGUCACUCACUGCUUUAUGUAACAGAACAGCAACUUGCCAUAUCAACUACCUCCCAUCACCGGCUGUUUCACUGCAACUCAUAGCUGUUUAACAUUUCAGGAAGAAUAGACAAGAAAGAAGAACCCCAAUUUUCAAUUCCAUUUGCUCAUCAGGCAGAAAUGGCAUCAGAGAGCCAAACAAAGGCAAACAUGAACGGAAAGCUGGAAGAGAUGGCUGAAAGAAGCAAUGCUUCUCAGGAUGAAAGGAAAAGCAGCAGUAAAGAAAAGCCAAGCAAAGAGAAGCCUAAGCAGGUCAGCCCAUUUACGAUGUUUCGUUACGCUGACUGCUUGGAUAAGUUGCUAAUGAUAUUAGGCACCGUCAUGUCAGCCCUUCAUGGAGCCUCCCUUCCUCUCAUGAUGAUUGUUUUCGGAGACAUGACAGACAGCUUUGUCAAUUCAGCAAAGGUCCCUAUAGGUAAUAUAUCUUUAGGUAAUAUAUCUGAAAGCCUGCAAGAGCAAAUGACAAGGCAUGCAUACUAUUACUCAGGAAUAGGAGCUGCUGUCCUUAUUGCUGCCUAUGCUCACAUUGCAUGCUGGACAGUGGCAGCCGGCCGCCAGGUCAAGAGAAUAAGGCAACACUUUUUCCAUGCUGUCAUGCGGCAAGAAAUUGGAUGGUUCGAUGUAAAUGAUGUUGGGGAAGUGAAUACUCGUCUUAUAGAUGAUGUCUCCAAGAUCAACGAAGGAAUUGGUGACAAAAUGGCAAUGCUCUUUCAGGGAGUAGCUACGUUUCUAACAGGAUUUAUAGUCGGAUUUGCUAAAGGAUGGAAAUUGACUCUUGUAAUACUUGCAGUCAGUCCUGUUCUGGGGCUCUCAGCUGCAAUCUGGGCAAAGGUCCUUACUGCAUUCACCAACAAGGAGCUUGCUGCAUAUGCAAAAGCUGGAUCUGUUGCUGAGGAGGUUCUCUCAUCAAUUAAGACGGUGAUGGCUUUUGGAGGACAGAAGAAAGAAAUUGAGAGAUAUCACAAAAAUUUAGAAGAUGCUAAAAGACUUGGAAUUAAAAAGGCUGUGACUGCCAAUAUGUCCAUGGGGAUUGCUUUUUUAUUAAUAUAUUCUGCAUAUGCCUUGGCUUUCUGGUAUGGAACUACCUUGAUACUGGAUGAAGGUUACACCAUUGGGGAAGUCCUGACAGUCUUCUUUGCUGUUCUGAUUGGCGCCUUUUGCAUCGGUCAGGUGACUCCAAACCUAGAAGCGUUUGCUAUUGCAAGGGGAGCAGCGUAUGCAAUAUUCAACAUCAUAGACAACGAACCUAAAAUUGACAGUUAUUCACCAGCUGGCUACAAACCAGACAAAAUUAAAGGAAAUCUGGCUUUCCAAAAUGUGCAUUUCAAGUAUCCCUCAAGGCCAGAUGUUCAGGUGUUAAAAGGCUUGAAUCUGAAAGUUAACAGUGGGCAGACAGUGGCCUUGGUAGGCAGUAGCGGUUGUGGGAAAAGUACGACUGUUCAGCUGAUCCAGAGGUUUUAUGAUCCUAUUGAAGGCAUGAUUACCAUUGAUGAUCAGGAUAUCAAGACCCUGAACUUAAGGUACCUGAGGGAGAUUAUAGGCGUGGUGAACCAGGAGCCUGUGUUAUUUCAUACCACGAUUGCAGAAAACAUUCGAUACGGCCGUGCAGACGUCACCAUGGAAGAGAUUGAAAAAGCUGUCAAGGAAGCCAAUGCUUAUGACUUCAUCAUGAAACUGCCUAAUACGUUUCACACUAUGGUUGGAGAAAGAGGAGCUCAGCUAAGUGGAGGACAGAAGCAAAGGAUAGCAAUUGCCCGUGCUCUUGUCCGGAACCCCAAGAUCCUGUUGCUGGAUGAGGCAACAUCAGCUUUGGAUACCGAAAGCGAAGCUGUGGUUCAGGCAGCACUGGACAAGGCAAGGGAAGGUCGCACAACUAUUGUAAUCGCUCAUCGGUUAUCUACAGUCCGCAACGCAGACCUCAUAGCUGCUUUUGAAGAUGGCUCCAUCACAGAGCAAGGGACACAUAAUGAGCUCAUGGCAAAGAAAGGAGUUUAUUUCAAACUUGUUAAUAUGCAGUCAAUUGUAACUGAGGCUUCUUCAGAUGAAAAUGAGCCCAUUGAUGGAAAAGGCAUGUCAAAAGAGGCCUUAAAAGACUUCUUGGCAAAUGGAGUGCGGAGGCGUUCGACCCGCAAGAGCUUGAAAAGGCCAGAAGAGCAGGACAAAGACCUUGAGGUCCAAACUGUUCAGCCUAAUGAAAAUUUGCCCUCAGUUUCAUUUAUGAAGAUCAUGAAGUUGAAUGUGUCCGAAUGGCCUUACUUUUUGGUGGGAACGUUUUCUGCACUCAUCAAUGGAGCGUUACAGCCUGCGUUUUCAGUCAUAUUCUCUGAAAUCAUAGGGAUUUUUGCACUGGAUGAUCCAAACACAGUACGAGAAAAGAGCAAUUUGUAUUCACUGCUAUUCUUAGGCCUUGGGGCUAUAUCCUUUGUAACAUUUUUCCUUCAGGGUUUCACCUUUGGCAGAGCUGGAGAGAUCCUUACAAUGAAGAUUCGCUACAUGGGAUUCCAAGCAAUGCUUAGACAGGACAUUGCUUGGUUUGAUGACCCUAAAAACAAUACUGGAGCAUUGACUACAAGACUUGCGCUUGAUGCUUCUGAAGUAAAAGGUGCUACAGGGGCCAGGCUAGGUAUGCUUGCCCAAAACAUUGCUAACCUCGGGACAGGAAUAAUUAUAUCAUUGGUGUAUGGCUGGCAGCUGACCCUCGUCAUCUUGGCUGUUGUGCCACUCGUUGCCAUUGGAGGACUCAUUGAAAUGAGAAUGUUGGCUGGACACGCCAGGAAAGAUAAGAAGGAACUUGAAGGUGCAGGUAAGAUUGCAACAGAAGCAAUAGGGAAUAUCCGAACAGUUGUUUCCCUUACUCAGGAAAUAAAAUUUGAACAAAUGUAUGGAGAAAAUCUGCAAGGACCAUACAGGAAUUCCUUAAAGAAAGCGCAUAUCCACGGACUAACUUAUGGCAUUUCCCAAGGCAUUAUGUACUUCACCUACGCCGCUUGUUUUCGAUUUGGUGCCUUCCUUGUGGAAGGGGAAUACAUGGAAUUUAAGAACGUUUUCUUGGUAUUCUCAUGCAUUGUCUUUGGUGCCAUGGCACUAGGACAGACAGCUUCAUUUACACCAGACUAUGCCAAAGCAAAGAUAUCUGCAGCUCACAUGUUCCAGCUGUUUGAGACUGUACCCUUAAUAGACAAUUACAGUGUUGAAGGACAGAAGCCUGACGACUUUAGCGGGAAUGUCGCAUUUAAGCAAGUAGCCUUCAACUAUCCAACCCGGCCUGAUGUCUCGGUACUCCAAGGACUGAGUGUGGCAGUAGAGAAGGGGCAGACCUUGGCUCUCGUAGGAAGCAGCGGCUGUGGAAAAAGCACUCUGGUCCAGUUGCUUGAAAGAUUCUACGACCCCCUCAGUGGAGAAGUGCUACUGGAUGGCAACGGUGCAACACAGUUAAAUGUCCAGUGGCUGCGAUCCCAGAUUGGAAUUGUCUCCCAAGAACCCGUCCUCUUUGACUGCACUAUUGCAGAGAACAUUGCGUAUGGAGAUAACAGCAGAAAGGUGUCCUUUGAUGAGAUCGUUGAAGUAGCCAAAGCGGCCAACAUCCACACCUUCAUUGAUAGCUUACCAGAUAAAUAUAACACUCCUGUAGGUGACAAAGGGACUCAGCUCUCUGGGGGUCAAAAACAACGCAUUGCUAUUGCUCGUGCUCUCAUCCGCCAGCCAAGAAUUCUGCUACUGGAUGAAGCAACCUCUGCACUUGAUACUGAAAGUGAAAAGGUUGUCCAAGAGGCUCUGGAUAAAGCCAGACAAGGCCGCACCUGCAUUGUAAUAGCUCACCGCUUAUCAACAGUGCAGAACGCGGACAGUAUAGCAGUGAUCCAGAACGGUAAAGUCAAAGAACAAGGAACACAUCAACAGCUCCUGGCUGCAAAAGGAAUCUAUUACGCUCUAGUCAAUGUUCAGGCAGGAUCAGCCCCUGCAUAAAUUCAAACAAAAGCAAAAUAUUGCUAAAGCUGAAUUCACUUCUUGAGGCGGCGAUUGCAAGAGGCACUGCUUGUACCAUCACCGUAUUAAACAAAAUAAACCAGUAUUGGCGAAUGGGCUGAAUUGCAGCAAGGCUUCUCAAACCGAAGCUUUUCCUAUCUCGAUCCAUUUUCUACACUAGUGUGCUUACCUUUUGUUCUCAGCUGUCUAGACUCUAGAGACACACGUACGCUGUACAUUUUCAAAAGUUGCAGUUGUGUGAUCACUCCAAAAAAUACACACACCUGAAAGUGAAAGAACAAGAGACAAGCCCCUCCCCUUCCUUGCACCCUGGAAGCCAGAACUAGAGACCAAGAAGAUAGGUCGGCAUCUGAACGGCUAAUUGAAAUAAGACCAACUAUUAUCUAUUAAUUUAAAAAUGGACAAUUGUGCCGGAGCAACAUUGGCGAGUACUCUCAAAGCCAACUAUUUUGGAUUCUCGGUGAAAAGGGUUUUUAUGAAGUCUCAGUUGAUUGUCAAACUUCCUGGAUUGACCUUGGGAUGGCUGCAGUGGAAACCUCACCCAAAACUGUGUGUUGUUGUUUUUUAAACGAAGCAGCAUUAAGCAUGUUUCUUUAUAGCUUCCUUACAACAUACUGGGAAGCAAAUCUACUCGUGUGGCUGUCUUUUCAUUCAAGACUCCUAAAGAAGACCAUAGAGCCUCCCCACAAAUGGGCCAGUCAACAGCAACGGGGAAAGAGCCUUUUAAAGCUUUGGUGGGCAUUGCUACUCUCUGUGGUAACAAAUCCUGCAGUUAAACUGAGAGCUGCAUGAAUAACUCCCUUCUGUUCUUGAGUAGAGGACUCCAGCUACUAGUAUUACUGGGAGAACUUUUCUGUCCACUUUCUCCAGAAUAUUCCUAAUUUUUAUACACAAAAUAUAUCCCUUCCUGCCCACUUUUUCUUCCUAAGCUAAAGCCCCCAAAUAUUGUCAACUUUCAUAGAAUCAGGGAAGGGACCUCAAAAGUCAUCUAGUCCUACCCCCGGCAAUGCAACUAAAGAAUCCAUGACGGAUGGAUAGCCAUCCAACCUCUGCUUAAAAACCUCCAAAGGGAGACCGUUCUACUGUUGAACAACACUUCCCAUCAGAAAGUUCUUCCUGAUGUUUAGUCGGAAUCGAAGUUGCUCCAGCUCCUUGAUCAUUUCAGUUGCUUCUCUCUGCAUCUUUUCCAGGUUCACAAUAUUCUUUUUGGGAUAAAUGACUGGAUUUCAUAGUUUACCACAUUUUUGUAUUGCUUUUCAUUAACUGAGAGCUGCAUUGGGUAGCUUCUUGUGGAAGAAUGGGGUAUAAAGAGAUAUGUUUUAAAGAUAAAUAUCCACAUUAAAGUGUUUUGAAGAAUUUAAGCACCAUAUGGGUUCGGGGAGCCUGGCCCCCUUUCUUCACAAUGAAGUGUGUAUAUGUACAUACAGAUUAAUCAAGCCAACACUAUCUUUGAUGUGGUUUUAUUCCAAAGAGAAGAAAUUACAUAAUUGAUAAAAAGGAGAGGAUGGUGAGGGGGUGCUUCAUUUUAAAAUGCCAAGGAAGUCCUGAGAAUUUUGCGGAGCUAUACAUGUGAAGCAACAGUGGUAUACAUACUUUCUAAUAAUCACCUUAUAUAUAUAUAUAUUUUGCAAGCUUUCAAGUACAGUUUCACUUUAUAUCCUUGGUUUGGAAAAUAAAAGUAAAAUUUUAAAACAAGUUUCGCACAUGAUCAUUCUAUUCAAAGGCCUUUCUUAAAGUGGUGGUUUUUGAGUUGCAAAGAUCCCAUCACAGAAAAUAGGACAGUAGUGAAGAAUUACAUAAAGCAAUAAUCCCAAUACCUAUCGUGAUUACUUUACACCAGGGGUGACUAAUAGCUAGCAUUACCCAGCCCCACAACCAAGUUUUUCUGCCAUUUUGUUUUUAAGAUAGAAAUAGUAUUGGGGUCCAAAUCAUCCCCCAUGACUAGACUGAUAAUUUGAUGAGCAGCUGGGUGCUUACCUGCCUGAGUGUGUGGCAAGAGGGUUGUGUGUGUGUGUGUGUGUGUGUGUGUGCAUAUCCACUGCUGGCUGGCAGCUCAUGUAAGGCUGGCCAAGGGUGAUUUUUCCUCCCCAUGGUCCAGAAAAGCUUACCCACCCCUGCUUUAGAAGCUAAACAUUAUAAGAGCCAUGAUAAUCAUCCUGUCUAGAAAGGAAUCAUGAUUCAUAAUCCUUGCAAAGGCUGCUCUAAGGCACAGAGCAUGUGUACUAUCUUCUGAACUCCCACUGAUUCGCUCAUGUUUUUGCAUUGCUGAGGCUUAGUUUAAUAUUGCAUAGUUUCUACUAAAGAGUCUGUCAUUUUGCAUUGCUGUUGCAA